CUCACCUCAUCCACAUCCACAUCCCUCCCUCUCCAAAACCGCAGACGUGCACUUUGGCUGUAGCGCCACAGCCAGAAUGCCCCGUUCUCCGUCUGCUUCGCUUUCGUCUGCUCCCCGCUCACGCGGGAGAAGCUUCUCUGACGAUGAGGGACCGCCCUCGAAACGCAAGAGGUCUCCGUCCGCCUCUCCGCGCGGGCGUUCCCCGUCUCCUCCAGCGCGUCGCCGACGAUCGCGCUCGCCCGCCUCCCGUCCCGACCCAGAGGCUGACGCAAAAGGCAACGGAACAGUGGCCAAGGUUGACGAUGCGGCGCGUGCCGAGUUUGCAAAGCUCCUGGGCUCGCGCUCUGGGGGUGCCUACAUUCCUCCUGCGCGCUUGCGCGCGAUGCAGGCGGAGGCAGCGAAGGAUAAAAGCAGCCCCGAAUAUCAACGCCUCAGUUGGGACGCACUUCGCAAGUCUAUCAAUGGAAUGAUCAACAAGGUCAACGUCACAAAUAUCAAGCACGUCGUCCCCGAGCUGUUUGGAGAAAACCUCAUCCGCGGUCGUGGUUUGUUCGCGCAGUCGAUCAUGCGCGCGCAGGCUGCCUCUCUCCCAUUCACUCCGAUCUUUGCUGCCUUGGUCGCAAUUGUCAACACGAAGCUGCCUACCGUAGGCGAGCUGGUGCUCACUCGUCUUAUUUCUCAGUUCCGGCGGGCCUAUAAGCGCAACGACAAGUCAGUCUGCAUGGCGACGUCGACGUUCCUCGCCCAUCUCGUGAAUCAGUACGUCGCCAACGAGAUCAUCGCGCUCCAGAUCCUGCUCCUGUGUCUCGAACGCCCAACGGAUGACUCAAUCGAAGUGGCCGUCGCUUUCACCCGCGAGGUUGGUCUUUUCCUCGCCGAGCACGCCCCCAAGGCCAACACGAUGGUCUUCGAGCGGUUCCGCGCCGUCCUUCACGACGGAAAGGUCUCGAAGCGUUGCCAGUACAUGAUCGAGGUGUUGUUCCAGGUCCGCAAAGACAAAUACAAGGACAACCCGAUGAUCCCUGAGGGACUGGAUCUCGUGGAGGAAGAAGAGCAGAUCACCCACAGGCUGAAGCUUGAGGACGAGCUCCAGGUGCAGCAGGGGCUCAACCUGUUCAAGCCUGACCCAAACUUCCUCGAGAACGAGGCGCGAUACGACGAGAUCAAGAAGGAGAUCCUGGGCGACUCGGACGAUGAGUCUGGUUCGAGCGGCGAUGACGAGUAUUCGGACGAUGAGGACGAAGACGUCGCCCCAGACAAGGAGGGCAUUCAGGACAUGACCGAACAAAACCUCAUCAACUUGCGGAGGACGAUCUAUCUCACGAUCAUGAACUCGCUCAACUUCGAGGAAGCUGUGCAUAAGCUCCUGAAGGUGAACAUCCCUGAGGGCCGCGAGAUGGAGCUCGUCAACAUGAUCGUCGAAUGUUGCUCGCAAGAGCGCUCGUACUCCAACUUUUAUGGACUCAUCGGAGAGCGAUUCUGCAAGCUCAACCGCCUGUGGACCGACCUCUUCCAGGAGGCCUUCACGAAGUACUAUGACACAAUUCACAGGUACGAAACGAACAAGCUUCGCAACAUCGGCCGUUUCUUCGGGCACCUGCUCGCGUCAGACGGUAUCUCGUGGGCUGUCCUCCACACGGUACACAUGAAUGAAGAGGAGACAACAUCGUCGUCCCGUAUCUUCGUCAAGAUUGUGUUCAUGGAAAUCAAGGAAGAGUUAGGCAUGAAGAAGCUUGUUGAACGGCUCAAGAUCCCCGACCUCCAACCAGCCUUCGCAGGGAUUUUCCCCACGGACAAUCCGAAGAACACCCGUUUCGCCAUCAACUACUGGACGAUGAUUGGCCUAGGCGCAGUGACUGAUGACAUGAGGACGUGGUUGGAAACGGCGCCUGAGCGUCUUGCUGCCCAGGCCCAUGACAGCUCGGACAGCGACUCGUCGUCCGACCUCUCGAGCUCAUCACUGUCGAGUUCGGAUUAUUCAUCCGACGACUCGCGCUACUCGCGUCGCCGCCGCCGCCGGUACUCGUCGGACUCGGACUCGCGCUCACCGCCCCGUCGUCGGCGCUACUCUUCCGCCUCGGACUCGCGUUCUCCGCCUCCUCGCCGUCGGUACUCUUCGGCGUCUGACUCGCGCUCGCCGCCAACCCGCCGGCGCUACUCGGAUUCGCCGUCACCCCCUCCCCGUCGUCGUCACUCGGACUCGCCGUCGCCCUCUCCCCGUCGGCGUGACUCACCGUCACCUCCUCCCCGUAGGCGGGAUUCGCCCAGCCCUCCUCCACGCCGCCGCACCUCGCCGAGUCCUCCGCCACGUCGCCGCGAUGUUUCGAGGAGCCCCGCUCGUCGUGCUCGUGAUGAUUCGCGCUCCCCUAUUCCUCGCCGCGUGGAUUCUCGUUCCCCGCCAGCCCCACCGCGCCGCCGUGACUCGCGUGAUGACUCACUGUCUCCGCGUCGCUCCGUUUCCCGUUCUCCCCCGCCUCGUCGUCGUGAUCCCCGCGAUGACGCCCGUGGGAGCGGGUACACCCGCCGUUAA